UUUCAGGUAAUAAUUCCAAAUGUCAGUUGUUCUUGGCGAAAAUGAGCUUGUUAUUCGAGGAUGUAUUCUCUACGAAGUUCUCAACAAGAAACCGAUUCAGGAGUCUUACGAAAACUUCUGUAGAAAUGUUGGAAAUGACGUCAUGUCAUAUAAUGACUUCGAUUUCUGGUUCUAUCGAUUUUACAACGGAAACCAUGACUUGCACUACGAUAGAAGCGCAGAUCCAGCUUCACCUUUGCUGUCAAACAUGCCCCUCAACAUAAUUGACGAAGUUUUAAACCGCAUGGAAAUUCUUAAUUUAUUGGUCCUGAUGAAAGUAUCACGAAACUUUCGAAAAGUCGUUCAAAAUAUGAAAAUGGUGUUUGAUUGUAUUGAAGUGGAUUUCGAUGAACAUUUAGCGAUCACCUAUAAUUCGCGCCACAAAAUCAAAUAUCGGCCAAAUGAUACAGCUCAGUACUCGCCGUUUCGUCAAGAACCAACUUGCACGUGUGGUCGCAGAAUUCGCACGAGCGAUGAAGACAACAGAAAAGAAUUUUUUGUGACUGACGAGGACUAUAUAGAGCUAGGCGUCAAGGAUCUCAAAUUGAUUAUGGAGAAUCAAAAUGUUCAAUUGAAGAAAUUCCAGUUUUCGAAUGGAUCUAAUCAAGACACUCAAAAGAAAUUCAUUGACAGAGCCGAGAUAGCUUUCAAGUCUGCAAAAAGCUCCACAAGAACCGUGGAAGCACACUACAAUUCAUUAGCAGAAAUUGCCCAACUCUUGCCCAUUUUCCAUGCUGGAAAACUGGAAGAAAUUAAUUUCAAACAAGGGGCCAGGACUGAUGGAUAUGAGCAGCUGGUUGGCCUGGAACAAUGGAAGAACGCUAGAAAAUUUGAUGGAUUUUGGAGCUUGAACGUUCCAAUUGAGCACUGUUUGCAUUUCGAGUGCUUCAAAGAUCAUUUCGUAAGAUUCAAAGAAGAAGAUGCAAUGAAGCUUCGUUAUAUGCUUGAUAGAUCCACUAACUUUGGCUAUGCUGAAAUCACCAUCGAUCCAAUGAACGUCAGUCUAUUGAAAAGGGCCUUUGAUGUGAACAACGACAAUAAGUUCGAAUUCGUCUACCAAUCUCCGGACAACGGGUCUUUCGAAGUUCAUUGUGCUCUUCGAGUGCUAUAUAUCACUAAGUCUGGCUACAAAUUUAAAUACAACAACAAGAGUGCCAGCACCUUCUAUAAGCCACCCCCGAUCCCAGCCCCUCCGGCGCUUUUUUUGAGGGAUUAUCAAUUCUUCGAUCCCCGUCCACGAAUGCCAACCGAUAGAUCCCGCUACAGACCUUUUUAACGAUGGAAGCACUUGUCUAUUUUUAUGUGUUUUCAAAGCUCUUUUUUGAACACUUUCCAUUUAUUUUUAUACAAUUUUUACUUUAUAAAAUUUUUUAUAAUUUU